GUUCAAAAGUUGACUUUUUUAGAACAAAACCCAUAUGGGUUGUCAAUUCUCUUUCAUGCUUUGCCACCCUAUUUAUGCUUCAGAUCUUCUCCUCAUAUUCUCUGCUUUUAAUUUUUAUUCUUCUUUUGGGAAGAUUGAUGAUAUUACUCUGAUCUCACCAAACAUGACUUUAAAGAAUCAAGAAACCAAGAAGAAGUCAAUCUUCCAAAAAAUAUUCUUGACUAAAGACAGGAAUGGUCCAAAUGAAAAGAAAAUGGAUAAAGAGACAUUUAAUAUCCCUGAAGCACCUUCUGAUUCAGCACUUGAGUCUUUGUUCUUCAGCAGCGUACAAAUGCCAAGUCACAGUGUCCAGUCCUUCCGGGUUUUUGUCGCAACAUGGAAUGUUGGAGGGAAACCUCCUCACAGCGGCCUCAAUCUGGACGAUUUUCUUCAGGUUAACAAUCAGUCAGAUAUAUAUGUUUUAGGUUUUCAGGAAAUUGUCCCAUUAAAUGCUGGUAAUGUGCUAGUUAUAGAAGAUAAUGAACCAGCUGCAAAAUGGCUGACUUUAAUUAAUCAGUCGCUGAACAAGUCGCAUAGUCUGUCUUCUAGAGGAUUGAAAUCUACCCCUUCUUUCAGCAGCUCACUGUUCUUCCCGAAACCUUCUCUUAAAAAGGUCAGUAAGACUUUCAGGACAGAGAGUAAAAGGAGGCUUAAGACUUGCAACUGCAUGCCUGAGCUGGAAAAGAAGAACAGUAAGGAAUUCUGUUUUAGAUGCCAACAAUCAAAUAUUAGUGAAGAUGACAAUUCGUCAGAAGAGGACGACGACGUGCCUAGUAACUUUGAACUGGCCGAAAUUUCCAUCCGUACCAGUCAAAUGAAAUAUAGCCUUGUAGCAAGCAAACAAAUGGUGGGAAUAUUUGUCACUGUUUGGAUGAGAAAGGAACUUGUGCCUUAUGUAGGUCACUUGAGGAUCUCCUGCAUUAGUCGUGGAAUCAUGGGCUGCCUUGGAAACAAGGGGUGUAUUUCUGUCAGCAUGUCUUUUUAUCAGACAAAUUUUUGUUUCAUAUGCAGUCAUUUAGCAUCUGGAGAGAAAGAGGGUGAUGAGCUCAGGAGAAAUUUAGAUGUCAUAGAGAUACUUAGAAACACGCAAUUCCCAAAGAUUUGCAGAACACCCAGCAGUAGGGUGCCUGAGAAAAUUCUGGACCAUGAUCGGGUUAUAUGGUUCGGGGAUUUGAACUACCGGAUAGCAUUGAGUUACUCUGACACUCGAAAGCUUCUGGAGCAGAACAACUGGGAUACGCUAUUAGACAAAGAUCAGCUCAAGAUUGAAAAGGAUGCUGGGCGAGUAUUCAAAGGAUGGAAAGAAGGAAAAAUCUACUUUGCUCCUACAUACAAAUACUCUUAUAAUUCAGACAUGUAUGCCGGAGAGACUAUUAAAACCAAAAACAAAAGGAGAACCCCAGCUUGGUGUGAUAGAAUACUCUGGCAUGGAAAUGGAAUUCGGCAGCUUUCUUACAUACGAGGGGAGUCUCGUUUUUCUGACCACCGGCCUGUAUGUGGGACAUUUUUGGUGGAUGUUGAGGUGGCCGAGGGAGGGUUAAGAAAGAAAUUAUCUGGCAGUAACAUGAAAGUUGGAGUUGAAGAGCUUUUACCUUCUACCAGAAAAUGAUUGCAGUAAUAACAUGUACUAAUAUCCAAGCAUAACCAUUACGAGAUUGAACAAACACCAAAUUUUGCUAAUUCAUACUUUCCAGUUGGAUGAAAUUCUCUUGGAAGUGUCGGUUGAGCAUUCUGUAAAGGCCAUUCUGCAACUGUAUAAGGUGUAAGAAAAAGCAUCGUAAGUUUGGAAACAUGCUGUGCUACUAUAGUCAAGGCACAUGAACAUCGAUUAAUCAUGGAUGAUGAAGACAACAAAAUUUAUCGAAGUAUAGUUGACUAGUUUUACAAUGACUUACUGACUGGCGCAUACAGUUUGUGCAUAAGGGGUUGGUAGAUAGUGAAGAAAAAUGUUUCCAAACUUGUGUAGAGAAAAGAACAUAUUUUUGAAUGCUAGUUCUGGAAGAUAAAAUCAAUUGAAUGUAGAAGAACAUUUAUGUGCAUUGGCAUAGAUGAGAUGAAGAAAAUCAAAUUUGUUGCAGAAAUUAUAAAAUGCAGGCUUAAGUGAAUUUCUAUCAAAUUUAUUAUAAACA